GUGCGCGUGACGAAGUGCAGACGACAACAACAGCUGGUAGGCUAGACCUACGGUACUGAAGAGUACAAGGAGAGAUGCUUCCAAACUUUUAUGACGCUUUUCUGAAGCCGUCAAUCGAUAUCAUUAAGUGCCCAUUGAAUGAACGAACCAACGAUAAUUACGACGAUUUGUACAAGACUAGGAAAUUGGCCAUCAAAAGACCAUUUUCGAAAGUCUGGGAGAAAGUGAAAGUGCUAGAAAUGCCGAACAAUGACAUACAUAAUGAUUACCAUUUCUCAAGUCAGGUGAAAAUUGAUGAACAACAAAAAUUAGAGGAGAAUGCUCAAGCAAAAAGACCUCGACGAUUUUAUGUUGUGGACCAUGCAAUGGAAUUGCAAGAACCACGAUCGUCGUAUAGGAUUUUCGCGGGGAUAGGAAAGAAAUCUGCUAGCAGACCUACACCAAUCUUUGAAAAAAAUCAGCAAUGUUUCGUUGUGAAAGAAAAGGAAAUGACUGCAUUUUUCAAACUUUUGAAUGAUGAGCAUGUGCAAGACUUCCUUUAUAUGGACAAGUGCAUGAGAAUUUCUGACAAGUAUUUGCUUGCCAUGGUGUUUGCCUUUUUUAAAAGAGCACAGUUGAAGACCAGAGAGUUUACCCGGAUGAACUUCUUCAUUGGAUUGUACUUGGCAAAUGAUAUGGAAGAAGAUGAAGAAGAGGCUAAAUAUGAAAUUUUUCCUUGGGCUCUUGGUCACAAGUGGAGAGACAGAUUUCCUAGAUUCCUCAGAAGAAGAGACUUGUUCUGGGCUAAGAUUGGAUAUAAAGCUGUUGUAAGCAAGCGCUGUUGUGAAGAGAUCAUGGACAUAGAAAGAGGAUCUCCAUUGUGGAGGAGAAAUCGCCCACUUCACCAUGCUGGGGCUGUGAGGAGCUGCAAUAAAGAUCCCGAUGAUGAUGGCUACCCAAGGGGACCAGAGGCAUCUCCAAGGUUCUGCCAAGACUGCAACAAUGACAGUCAGUACCAUUCUACUGCUAGUCCUCCAUCAUGUAAUCUAUCUUCUGAGGAACACUCCCCUAUAAUUUUUGAUGGGAAAAAAUCAUCUUUUGAUAUGAAACCCCUAAAGAAAACUCUGCCACAAGAUGAUGCUUGGCCAAGUUUAGAGGAAUGAUGAUUGUUGGUGAAGAGGAAAGAAAACAAUCAUCUGGAAAUCUUCAGCUAUCAAAUUUUGUGAUAAAAUUUUGUUUCUUCGGAAUCAAUUUAACUGCUGGCAGCUUAAUAAUUUAUCAUUGUUUUGUCAUCUGCUUACAUAUUAAAAUUAAUUGCAAUGC